UCACUGUUAGUUUUCUCAACUACUUUGAUCGCCAAACGAUAAUAAGUCAGGAGAGGAUCAAAUGUAUUUGAGGGGUUUUCAGUUCCAAUCGAUGCUGAAGUAAUCUCCUCAUGUCCCAUUAUGCAAACCCUAAUUUACAGGAAACCCAUUUUCCGAUUUCCUCCCCACCUCCUCUCUUCUAAUUGUUCCUUCUCACAAACACAUAAAAGCCGUGAUGAUUUCUUCAGAAUCCACCCUAAAAAGUGUGGUUAUGGUUUAAAGACUCUAAGAUUAUACUCUGCCGCAUCUCCUCAAUCACUGGGUUAUGGUGGCUGGGAUGAUUUUCAACUCAUCGGUGACUCAGUCCAUUCUGGUCAGUCAAAUCAGUUUGAUAAUUUUCUGAAUUCUCUUGGAAUUGGUGAUAAGAAGUAUGUAUUUGUGUAUCUGUUUGGAUUUGUUUGCGCUUUGGCAGUUUCUCGAGUUAAGGUUUCCUCGAUUGUUGUAUUUCCAGCUUGUGCUAUUGUAUUUGCUCUUGGAUUUUCGGUUGGGUUGGUCAAAGGGGGCCACUUGAAAGAAUUGAGAUUAAAUGGGAGUAGAAAAAAGUUCAUAGACGACAGUUGUAGAGGUUCCAUUGAGAACUUCAGGUAUUUGGGGGAUAAUUUGAAGGGGUACAAUGCCAAGGUUCUUAAAAUAAGGAAUGGUAUUAGGAGAAGCAUUGAGUGCAAUCAAGUUACCGUGAGUGAUCUAGAAAGCUAUGUUGAUGUUAUGGAAUCUGCCGAUAUAUUUUCCCGAAAUGCUAUAGAUUUUGUAGAAAGUUGUAUACAGAGUGUAUUAGGUGGUAAACAAGAAAAGGAGGGAGGUUCGAUUCAUGAGUCUGGAAGGCGAAGAAAGAAAUCGGGUGAAAUUGGGUUGAAUGUCUCUCAAUAUUUUGGUGGUCUGUUUGGAGGGAAGUUUGAUGGUUCACAAUCUGCUAAAACGAGAGACUCUGGUAAGAUGGAAAUGAUGGAUGUACAGGUAAAUGAUAAUAAACUAGAAAACAUCUUAAUUAAUCCCCUUAAACAAAGAAAUCUGACAUCUGCACCGGAUGGCAAUUUGGAAAAUAAGAGUGCAAGUAUGUUGGAAAUUCCUUUUGAUAGCACUUCCAGAGCUCGAAAUAGAGCUGAAGAUUUUGUUGAUGGGGCUGGAAUGGGAAACUUAGCUUUUGAUAAUGAGAUAAGGAAUGUAGUUGAGGAAAAUGAUACUGCUGAAACAGUUUCUGAUCGGACAAUCUAUAGUUACCGGAAUAGGACAUCAAGAUUCAUCGACAACCACCGAGUAUAUUUGAAAGAUUAUCAGGAUGAAAGUGAAACAUCUCAGAACAACACGUACAAUUCUGUGGAUGUUAGCAUCAGUAUGAAUCAUAUAAAGACUGCAGCCUCUUUUGGUCGACAGCAGAAACGUGAAACCCUGAACAGAAAUUAUUUGCACCUUGAGAACACAGAAGAGGACCAAAGAGAGUCUCAGAGAUAUUCUUAUAAAAAAGGGACGUUCAGUCAAAGAAAGAGACAUCCUUUUGCUAAUCAAGAGUCCACAGAUGAGCAAAUAUCUGAUUCUUCUGCGUCUUCAAUACUUGGUGAUGAUUUGGAGUUCAAUAGGUAUGUUGCAGAAGCUAAUAAUCUUUUGAAAGAAGCAAAGGGCUGUUUGUUACAGCAAGUUGAUGAUGGUCGUGCAGAGCAUGCACUACAUAAAUCUGCAAUAUUACUCUCGAAAGCAAUAGACAUGAGGCCUAUGAGUUUAUUGGCCGUGGGCCAGUUGGGAAACACGUAUCUUCUUCACGGAGAACUAAAACUGAGAAUGAGUCGAGAAUUGAGAUCACUACUAGCAAGAUCAAAUCCAUUGUUGGAUGACGAGUGGGGGAAAUCACUCAAUAGGUCUGAUGAUCAGUUUGCUAAUAAAGACAAGCUUACAGCAGCCCUUGUGAAUGCUUGUGAAGAAUGUGAAGAGCUGCUCAUUAAGGCAGGAAGAAAGUACAAACUGGCCUUGUCAAUUGAUGGGAAUGAUAUGAGAGCCUUGUAUAAUUGGGGCCUUGCCCUUUCUUUUCGUGCACAGUUGAUAGCAGAUAUCGGACCUAGUGCUGCUCGUGAUGCCGAUAAGGUUUUCUUGGCUGCCAUAGACAAAUUUGAUGCCAUGAUGUCAAAGAGCAACGUUUAUGCACCUGAUGCUCUUUUCAGAUGGGGUGCAACAUUGCAGCACAGAUCUCGACUAAGACCAAGGCAUAGCAGAGAGAAGAUCAAGUUAUUGCAGCAAGCCAGACAAUUAUACGAAGACGCACUUCACAUGGACUCGGGAAAUCCACAGCUUCAAGACGCCUUGUCUUCCUGUAUAUCUGAGUUGGAAUAUUGGUACAUUUAGGCAUAUGAAGUAAAAUAUCAGAUCAAUAAUUAUGGUCCCCGUCACAGUUUUGCACCAACACAAUUCUCUCUUUUUCCUUUGGUUGCCUUCUGCUCUUUGUUCAAACCAUUUUAAAUCGAAGAACGAAGAGGUAACAUUAAUUUGAGUAUAUUGUUAUAGAAACUUUUUGAGUAAUAAUGCCCACAUCCACAUCUAGAGGUUUCUAUUGCAGUAA